AUGAAAGUUGUUCAGAACUUCAAUCUGAGUUCACCAGCUCAAGAAUCAGAAGAAAUGAUGCUGCCACCACGCGCAGCUCCGCCGUGGAAGGACACUUCUGGGAGUUCAGGAGGUGGAGGCGAGCUCGAGGAUGAAGUGGAUAUUCCUAUAUACCAACAAUUUGAAUUAUUUGAGACACAAGCUGGUGGGCAUGCAAAUGUUGGCUGCACUGAAAGAGAUUUAAGAAAUGCGGUGCGAGAUGAGAGAGAAGAAGUCAAGGGCCAUGACGUUGACAUUUUAUAUGAGCACUUCAAAGCUGAGCAAGAGAAGGAUCCAGAUUUCUUUUUUGAAUUUUAUACAGAUGAAGAAAACAGGCUGGUCAGAUGUUUAUGGGUUGAUUCAAUUGGAAAAAAAUCAUAUACAUAUUUUGGUGAUGUGGUUGUUUUUGAUACAACAUACAACACCAAUCGUUAUAAGAUGAUUUUUGCUCCAAUAGUAGGUGUGAACCACCAUGGGCAAACCAUUGUUUUUGGAUGUGCCUUUUUGAGCGAUGAGACAUUUGAUUCGUUUGUUUGGUUGUUGACUACAUGGCUUGCAGCAAUGCCCAAAAGUGCCCCGAAUGUUAUUAUCACCGAUCAAGAUCAAGCAAUUAGUAAGGCAAUUGCUCAUGUUUUGCCAAACACAUUUCACAGGUAUUGUGUGUGGCAUAUUUUGAAGAAAUUUCCAGAGAAGACUAAUGUAGCUUUUAUGCAAGAGUAUUAUCAACUUUUCAAGACAUGUAUAUGGGAUUCGGAGUGUCCAGAAGAAUUUGAAAAGAGAUGGUUUGAAGCAUUGGAAAAAAGUCAACAGACAAAUAAUGAAUGGUUAGAAAAGAUGUAUGAAUUGCGUGGUAGGUGGAUUCCAGCAUACGUUAAUAAAAACUUUUCAGCAGGGAUGUCAAGCAGUCAAAGAGUAGAAUCUGCACAUGCUUUCUUCAAGUGUUAUUGUGAUAAAGAAAACACCUUGAUGGAUUUUGUCACUCGUUUCAAUAGGGCGGUUGCUCAUCAGAGACAUGAAGAAUUGGUUGAAGACCAUAGAGAUUUGAAUGAGACACCUAACUUGAAAUUAGGGAUGCCAAUGGAGGUCCAAAUGGCUCAAUUGUAUACCAAAAAGUAUUUUCAGUACUUUCAAGCUCAGCUUCAUAAUGGUAAUGGUUAUAUCAUAAAUGCCGUAAUGGAAGAUAACAGUCGUUGUGUUUACAAGACUGAAAGGGUGUUUGCUCAAAACCUUAGGAUGCGGACGCUUGUAUAUGAUAAGAUAUCAAAAAUAGUGAUAUGCAGUUGUAAAAUGUUUGAGUUUGAAGGUAUUCCUUGCAGGCAUAUAUUGGCUCUAUUACGACUAAAGCAGAUUAUGGAAUUGCCAAAGGAAUAUAUUCUGCGAAGAUGGACAAGGUUUUCAAGAAUUUGUAGAGAUAGCUGCCAAGGGCAAGAUGGUGCAGAUAAUUCAUUAAUAAUGAGACACAAUGGUAUGUUCAAAAUUGCAUCCGGUUUAAUUGAUGAGGCGGCCAUUUCACUAGAAGGGACUGAACUUGUGCAAAAGGCAUUUGAAGGACUUAUGGAACAAAUUAAGAAACUAAAUCUUUCUAUUGGGCAAGCUUCUAUCAAAAAUUCCUCAGCGGGAACUUCUAGAGAGAAUCAUUUCCUAGAUCCUUCUCGAGUGAAGACUAAAGGUAGUGGAAAACGCAUAACAUCAUGGAGACACAGGAAAAGAAAAGUCAGACAUUGUUCUAAAUGUCAAAGUACUAAACAUACUAAGAAGACAUGCACAUUUGAUAGGUCAGAGAUUGUGGAAAAUGCUGUCAACAAAGCAUUGGGUGAACAAGAUUACUUGAUUGAUGAACUAUAA